AUGUUGAACUCACGUCUCUACACGCCGAAACCAAUCACGGAUAUUUUCACACCCGACACAGACAUCAACCGUCGAAACUGCCGCCGUAUAGUCCCCAUGAAAGUUCUCAUUCUCGGUCUGGGUAGAACCGGAACUGCAUCAAUGAGAGCAGCAAUGCGCGAGCUUGGCUACGUCGACACCUACCACAUGAUGUCAGCCAGUAUUGAGAACCCUCCUGAUUGUCUCCUCUGGCGCGAUGCAUUCGACGCCAAAUACCACAACGGCCCCGCCUUCACCCGCGCAGACUGGGACCAACUUCUCGGUCACUGCCAAGCUGUCUGCGAUUGGCCCGCCGUAGCCUUCGCCUCUGAACUCAUUGCCGCUUACCCCGAAGCCAAAGUCAUUCUCACAAACCGCGAAGUCAAUUCAUGGCACGCAUCUACUCUCAAAACCGUAAACUGGCGUGUAAACGAUUGGGAACUUGAGAAGUUGAAAGGCUGGAGUUGGGCAGCUAGCAUGUACAAGCCUAUGUUACAAGAAUUUUUCGACUGUUUCUUCAAGGGAGAUUUCGAAAAUCAGGGAAAACAGAUUUAUACCGAGCACUAUGAGAAUGUGAGGAAUAUCGUGAAGGCAUUGGGACCAGCUGGGGAGGGCAGAUUACUGGAAUACAAAAUCACGGAUGGAUGGGGCAACUUAUGCGAGUUCUUGGGAGAGGCAGUUCCUAAGGAAAGACCGUUUCCAAAGAUGCCAGGCGAUGAACGUGGUAUUUAG